ACUAAAUGAGGAUUUGUUGAUACCUUCACCAGCAGGUGAUGUUUUUUCAGCCAUUUAGAGUAUCUCCCUAGCCUUUUAAAGAAAAAUACCAGCUAUUUUAAAAUAUGACAUUUUUCACAAGACAAAAGAACACUUAUCUUAGUAUUGUAGGCCACUAAAAAAAACUAUUAUCAAGGAAUGUUACUGUAGCGUUAUAUAUACGGCUCUGGAUUAUGGACUUGUAUUAAAAUAAACACUGAAAUGAUUGCACAAUCUGAACCUUCCAUGUGACGAAACAUCUGCAACACAUGAUAAUAAUCUUGUGGUUUUCGAAGUAUUUUUUUGUUCUCAAAUCAUUUAGUUUACUACUAUUAGGUUAAGAGUUAAACACAUGGAACACUGUUCCACCCCUUUUCUUAUCACCUGUGCCUUUAAGAACAUUUAAGUGCAGUACCAAAGUCUUACUUGGAACCAGGAAGGAAUAGAACAUAUUAUGCUCUCUGGCAAAGGAGAAUAUUGACAUACACCUUGGAUUCCAUAAAGAAUGAAAAUGUAUUGGAACUGCCUCUGGAUUACUCUCUACUUGCUCUGUCCAACUGUGGUUUCUGGUGGGAAGGUCCUUGUUUAUCCUGUGGACGGGAGUCACUGGGUGAACAUGAAAGUCAUUAUUGAGGAACUACAUUCAAGGGGCCACCAGGUUUCUGUUGUGCGAUCAUCAGGCAGCUGGUACAUCAAGGAGACCUCCCCAUUCUAUUCUUCAAUUACACUCAAUAUAGAUUCUGAAUUCGAUGAAGGCUUUAUAACUACUUUUGUGUCCCAGCUGCUGGAAAUCCAGAGGGAAGGGAAGUCUGCCUGGACACGUUUUAAACUGGAAAUGGAACAAGCGCAAAAGGCCUCUGAGAUGCAUGAGAAAACAAAAGAAAUGCUUGAGUUGCUUUUUGAAAGCAAAGAUCUGAUACAGUCGCUGCAGGAGGCUAAUUAUGACCUUGUCCUUACAGACCCUGCUAUACCAGGGGGUGUUAUACUUGCUCACUACCUCAAGUUACCUCUUGUUUUCAACGUCAGAUGGACUAGUCAAGGCGAAGGCCAUUUCUCAAUUGCACCUUCACCUCUUUCUUAUGUUCCAAUGACAGGGGCCGAGCUUUCAGAUAAAAUGAGCUUUCUUGAGAGGCUUCUUAACGUAAUAAUUUUUGGCUUCACAGAAUAUCAAAUAACACAGUAUAUUUUACCACAUUAUGUUGGCUUAAUUGAUAAAUAUUUAGGUCCAGAUGCAGAUUAUCUAUCCUUGUUUCAAGCAGCAGACCUUUGGCUCAUGAGAGUGGACUUUGUGUUUGAGUUUCCACGUCCUACCAUGCCGAAUAUUAUCUAUAUGGGAGGGUUCCAGUGUAAACCAGCAAAACCUCUUCCUGAACACCUGGAAGAGUUUGUGCAGAGUUCAGGAGAGCAUGGGGUCAUCAUCAUGUCUCUGGGGACUUUGAUUGGAGAGCUUCCCCAUGACCUAGCUGAUUUGAUUGCUGCAGCUUUUGCAAAAUUACCCCAGAAAGUCAUAUGGAGAUAUAAAGGUGACAGACCAGCCACUCUGGGCAACAACACUUUACUAGUAGACUGGAUGCCACAAAAUGACCUUUUAGGACAUCCCAAGAUAAAACUAUUUGUGGCUCAUGGAGGGACAAAUGGCGUUCAAGAGGCAAUCUAUCACGGAGUUCCUAUUGUAGGACUUCCAUUGAUUUUUGAUCAGCGUGAUAAUAUAUUUAGAAUUGAAGUAAGAGGAGCAGGGAAGCUAAUUGAUAUUUUUAGUAUGAAUGAAGACAUCUUCUUUCAGGGUGUUCAGGAAGUCCUGAAUGAGCCCUCCUACAGGAUGAACAUGCAGAGACUCUCCAGGCUGCACAGAGAUCAGCCAAUGAAGCCAUUGGAUAACGCCCUCUUCUGGAUAGAGUUUGUCAUGAGACACAAAGGUGCCGCUCACCUGAGAACUGAAUCCUACAAAAUGCCCUGGUAUUCUUACCACUCUGUAGAUGUGAUGCUCUUCUUAGUUGGAGUUGUGCUGAUAGUUCUGGGCACCUUUGCUGCCUUAAUAAGAUGUUUUUGCUCCAUGUGUCUGAGAAAAAAAAGUAAAUGUGAUUUAAAAAAAACAAAGUAGCAAUCGCAAUGAAAUUUAACCCAAAAAUAUGCAUUAAAUGUGACAAACACAACAAAGUGGGUCAGCUAUUUGUACUAGCUAUUUAUUGGGGAUAACAGAAAAACAUUUUCAUUGAGUUUGAAACCUUUGUCUGAUUAUAGUAAAAAAAGACAAAACACCAAAAUCAUUCAGUGCUUUAUACUUUUUUAUUUGAUCAAUAUGGAGUUUAAGGCUGUUUAAGGCUGAUUAUAUUUGUUUUCACCCUAUUCUUACAGUUUUGUUAUUUUACCAACCCCAUACUCUGGAUAAACAAACAUUGCAUACCCUUUUGCAAUUUGUCUAUGCUGGUUGGCACAUUAUUUUGAAACAUUCUAGUCAGGGUUUUACAUUAACCAAUCAAUACUCUUUGAAUAUGUGGCCCUAGAUAUCUGCAAACUUAGAUCAGAGUAUGCAUGGAUAUAACCUUUAGGAGAAAGGGUUACCAACAUGUACAGUAAACCUGCUGUCUUCAAGGGUAGAAAAUAAAAAACAUUUAUAAAUGAUACAGUUCAUCAGUUGGUAUUUAAUGAGCCCACAGUGGAAAUAACCUUUGCAUGCAUUCCUUCACUGAAUUUAAAGACUUUUCAAAUUCACUCUUACACUGUAAGACAAUAUAUUUUACAUUUUUAAACUACUACAUACUUUCCUCAAUGUUGCACAGUAUGGGUGAUACAUGUUCUUAUAGCUUCCAAGCAAAGUGUAGGCUUGUAUAGAUUUAAACAGAUCCAAUUUCACACUUGAAGAUUAGACUGAGAAACCAGAGCUAUAUUAGG